AUGUCUUCCUCCGCACAGAUUCCCUUCUCAGAGCCACCAUGGCUGGCGGGCAUGCCAUCACCUUACUACCAGGAAACACACAAAAAGUUCCAGAAAGCAUGUCGGGCGUUCCUCGAAGAACACCUGAUCCCCCAUGCAAUGGACUGGGAACGAGAGGAGACCGUACCCGACCAUCUAUUCGAAACCUUCAAGAAACACAACAUGUUGAUCCCCAAUCUUCCUUCGCCGUUGCCUGUUCAGUGGUUGAAGAAAGUCGGUAUCCAUGAUAUCCUGGGUACCCCCGUUGAAGAGUGGGAUUAUUUCCACACUGCCAUAUACCUAGAUGAGAUGUCGAGGACUGGUCUCGGUGGCCCUGGUGGUUCGAUGACGGCGGGGCAUGCUUUUGGUAUCCCUCCCAUCAUCAAGUUUGGAAACGCCGCUCUUCACGAGAAAUUCCUCCCAGACCUCCUUACAGGCAGAAAACGAGCCUGCAUUGCUAUUACCGAACCAAGCGCAGGCAGUGAUGUUGCCAAUAUUGCGACGACUGCUAAAAAGACCGCAGAUGGCAAACACUAUAUCAUCAAUGGCCAAAAGAAAUGGAUCACAAACGGCUUCUGGUCCGACUACGGAGCCAUGGCCGUACGAACUGGUGGACCGGGCGCAGCUGGUCUAAGUAUGAUCGUAUGCCCGCUGAAGGGACAUCCAGGCGUUGAAAUGCGACGACUCAAAGUCGCCGGACAAGUCAGCGCCGGCACGACGUUCAUCGACCUGGACGAUGUGAAAGUACCCGUGGAAAACCUGAUCGGUGAGGAAGGAAUGGGCAUGCGAUACGUUAUGACCAACUUCAACCACGAACGACUCACCAUCUGCUGCAGCGUGACACGGCAAUCACGCGUCGCCGUAGCCGCGGCAUUCGAGUAUGUGAUGAAGCGCGAAGCCUUUGGGAAAGCCCUGAUCGAGCAGCCCGUGGUGCGGCACCGACUGGCCAAGGCUGGAGCCGAGAUGGAAUCUCUGCAAACCUGGGUCGAUUCAUUUGUCUACUCGAUGACCAAGCUCACCAAGGAGCAAGCCGACGUCAAACUCGGUGGCUUGACUGCCCUGGCUAAGGCCAAGGCCGGCAUGGUGUUCAACGAAUGCGCCCAGACUGCCGUCCUGCUGUUCGGUGGUAACGGAUAUACUCGUACCGGACAGGGUGAGAUCGCGGAGCGUCUCUACAGAGAGGUUCCUGGUGCUCGUAUCCCCGGCGGAAGUGAAGAUGUCAUGCUGGACCUGGCUAUCAGGCAAUUGGUCAAGCACUAUCGCAAUGCUACCAAUGCUCUUCAGGCGCCCAGCGGAAGCAGCAAGCUAUGA